AUGACCGUCCAUCAUGCGACGGCGCUACUCGUAGCGGCCGUGGCGGCUCUUCUCCUCUGCCCGGCAGCGCUGCCAGCGGCAGCGGACGCGUCCGUCAUGUUCCGCUCUUCCCGCCGCCUCACAGCCCCUCAGAGCCUCGGUCGGCUCGCCCUUCCGCAAUCGUGGUUUGGUGGCGGAGCGACCACGCAGGAGGAACGCAGGCUGGUCGAGCAGGCCGGCGCGGGCGGAGGCGGCGCAGGCGUCGGGAAAGGCGGCGCAGGCGGCGCGGCAGACAGCGCAGGUGGCGAAGCACCCGCCAAUGGUGGAGGAAACGGAGCGAAAGACCAGGGUGGCACCGCCGGUGGCGGCGCAGGCGCGGCCGCUAACCAAGGGCUUCCCGAAAACGGCGCAGAAGGCGUCGCUCACGGACCCACUGGCGCCAGCGGCGUUGGCGGCGCAGGCUCCGGCCAAGCACCGUCUGACGCCGGCGCAGAUGGCGCAGGCGGCGACCAAGGAACCCCCUCCAACGCAGGCGAAGCACCCACAAGCGGGGGAGGUGGCGGAGCGACAAACCAGCCUACUACUGGGAGCGCAGGCGGCGGAGGCGCCAACCAAGGACCCCCCGACACCGGGGCAGGCGGCGCCCGCGGACCCACUGACGCCACUGGCGUUGGCGGCGCAGGCACAGGCGAAGGACCCGUCAACUCCAGCGGCGGAGGUAGACCAGAGACGAACCAAGGGCCCACAGGCGCAGGUGCAGAUGAUGUCACAGACACCGCCCGCAGCCAUGCACCCGCCGGCACGGGUGGCUCAGGCGCCAACCAAGGGCCCACCGACCAGCCUGGUGCCGCUGCGGCGCACGGCGGCGGAAAUCGCGCGGAGCCAACGUCGGGAGUGCGCAUGAGGGACUUGGUGGUGUGGCGGGCCGCCAAGUUCCAGCUGAAGUCGCGCGAAGCCCAGGCGCACAUGGUGGCCGGAAAAACCAAGGCGGCCGAGGCGCAUUCGCACGCUUCUGCGCUGGAGAAUGCGACAGACGUGGAGGCUUGGGCUGUCCUGGCGCACAGUUGCGUUACCCAGAUGGCGUUGGUGGCGGAGAGCGUGGAGGAGGCAGCGGGGAUGAUAUCGAGCGGCGGCGAGGACGUGAAUCUGCCGCGCAUCCAUCUCUCCAACGCCGUCACGCUCGCGCUCGACUGCGCCGAGGGCUUCGACCUCUUCGCGCCGUGCAGCUCCCAGGACCCGUGCGUCCACGCGCUCCAGGAGGCAGCGAUGGAAGCUCGUGCGUCGGUGAUGGAGGCGCUGGGGCGAGCAGCGGACAUGGCGGCCAUGAUCGCAGCGGGCGACGACAGCGCUGCCGCUGCCGUGCCUUCGCCCUCGCCCACUCGCCGCCGCCUGCUGCAAGCCACCGGUGCGACCAACGGUGGUGGAGGCCCCACCGUCACGGGCGCAGGCACUGCCACUGCUGUCACGGUGGCCAACCCCCACAACUCCAUCCCCGACAACACCCAUGGCGGAGGCACCACCAACAAACACAACUCCUCUGACUCCGAGUCUACCGACCCUUCAACACCACCCUCCUCGCCACCCUCUCCCCCCCCCUCUUCGCCUCCCCCUCCCUCCCCUCCUCCUUUCCCCCCACCCCCUUCGCCUCCGCCUCCCUCCCCUCCUCCUUCUCCCCCUCCCCCUUCGCCUCCCCCUCCCUCCCCUCCUCCUUCUCCCCCUCCCCCUUCGCCUCCCCCUCCUUCCCCUCCUCCUUCUCCCCCUCCCCCUUCACCUCCCCCUCCCUCCCCUCCUCCCCCUUCCCCUCCCCCACCCUCCCCCUCUCCGCCCCCCUCCCCGCCUCCCUCCCCUCCGCCGCCUCCCCCACCGCCCGCACCGCGCAUCACCCCCACGGUCACAGUGGCACAGGAUGGUUCCGGGGACUUCCUCGCCGUACAGGAUGCGAUUAAUGCAUACCCGGUGGGGUUCACUGGGCGCUAUGUGGUGUUCAUCCGGCCGGGCUUGUACCGUGAGAAGGUGCUGGUUAACUCCACCUGCAAGGACGUCACGCUGCUGGGGCUCGGUGCCGCAUCCACCAUCAUCUCGUGGAACGACAACGCCACUGUCGGCACCUUCCAGUCCGCCACUGCUGCUGUGGAGGCGAGUGGCUUUGCGGCCAUCGGCACUCGCUUUGAGAACACGGCAGGGAAGAUUGGGAACCAGUCAGUGGCGUUCAGGCAGACAGGUGACAACGCAGCCUUCUACGAGUGCGAGUUCAUCGGCUGGCAGGACACACUGUACACGCACGGCGGGCGGCAGUACUACCGCAACUGCUACGUGAACGGGUCGGUGGACUUUAUAUUUGGCAACGGUGCGGCCGUGCUGGACAACUGCACGUUCCUCAUCCGCAACCACUCCAAGGCGCCGCUCACGGCGUCAGGGCGAACCAACUACACGGAGAACACGGGCAUCGUGAUCCUCAACUCCGUCAUCAAAGGCGACCUCGUCAACAAGACGUACCUCGGCCGCCCCUGGAAGCCCUAUGCGCGAGAAGCCGUCAUCAACACCACAAUUAGCAACGUGAUCAAUACAACAGGCUGGCUGGACUGGAAUGGUAUAGUGUACAACACUACUACUUACAUCGAGCAGGGCAACAGUGGGCCGGGGUCAGUGGGGCCGCGCAUAGCGUGGGCACUGCCAGGCAUCGUGACUGACCCUGCGCAGGUCGCCAUGUACUACCCCAACACCUUCCUCGCCCCCUUCUCCUCCAUCGCCAACCUCAUUCCGUUCCCCUGGCUCUAUCUCCACUCAAUCUGA